CGUGACUGGGGAGUCAUGUGCAGACAGACGUACAUAUCAGAAAACGCUCACAACGCAACUCCGAAGCGUGAUUCUAACGCGUGGAAUUAUGAUGACUGCUCAGUAUCUUUACUCCUGUACAGCUCAGCACCACCCGAUCCCUCCCUCCGUCCUCUCUAUUUAUACUCCCCUCCACCCCUCACUUUCCCACCGUUAUUUGUUCUGUUGUAUCAUACUCGUUCUUCACCCCCUGAAAAUCCCUGCUCUCUUCUCUUUCUCUAUUUCUUUACCUCUCUGUGGCUCUCCUCCUCUCUCGCUCUUCGCCUUCUCUUCCACGGAUCUUCCACUCUGACCGACUUUCUCGCUCUUUCGCCCUCUCUGGUUCUUUUUUCUUUUUUUGGGGGAAGGCCGGGGGAAUUUCGGCACCACCUGGAAAUUUUUCCAGGGAUAAGCAAGCCCAUGAGGUUGAUAGAAGAAUUGCCAUGUAGGAAUAGGAAUGGAGGUGAGGUCGAGGAAGUAGAGGACGUAAAUUUGGCCCAAAAUGAAUGGUGUCCGGUUGUAAAUGGUGGAUUUCCCUCGCAGAAGAGGGUGGUUGUGGUUGGCUAUGCUCUCACCUCUAAAAAGACCAAGAGCUUUUUGCAGCCAAAGCUUGAGGGUUUAGCUAGGAAUAAGGGGAUACUCUUUGUUGCUAUUGAUCAUAAUAGACCUCUUUCAGAUCAAGGUCCUUUUGAUGUUGUGUUGCACAAGUUAGCAGGGAAAGAGUGGCGCCGGAUUCUUGAGGAUUAUAGGCAGUCGCAUCCUGAUGUCACCGUUCUGGAUCCUCCUGAUGCCAUCCAGCAUAUACGCAAUAGGCAAUACAUGCUUCAGGCUGUUGAUGAAUUGAAGCUUUCUGAAUCCUUUGGCAAGGUAUGUGUUCCUAGGCAGCUAGUGGUGAAGAAGGAUGCAUCUUCUAUCCCUGAGUUGGUUAACAAAGCUGGGCUGACAUUGCCACUGGUUGCAAAGCCACUUGUUGCUGAUGGAAGUGCAAAGUCCCAUGAAUUAUCCCUUGCUUAUGGGGCAUAUUCUCUUCAAAAACUAGAACCUCCUCUUGUCCUGCAAGAGUUUGUUAACCAUGGAGGGGUUCUCUUCAAGGUCUAUGUAGUUGGUGAUGCCAUUAAGGUAGUCAGACGGUUUUCCCUGCCUGAUUUUUGCGAACGGCAACUCUCCAAAGAUGAUGGCAUAUAUUAUUUUCCAAGGGUUUCUUGUGCUGCAGCUUCUGCAGAUGAUGCAGAUCUGGAUCCCAUUGUUGCUGAGCUUCCUCCAAGACCUUUACUUGAGAGACUCGCGAAGGAACUGCGAAGGCGACUGGGCCUCCGCCUUUUCAACUUGGAUAUCAUACGUGAGCUUGGGAAAAGAGAUGCCUAUUACGUCAUUGACAUAAACUACUUCCCUGGAUAUGGAAAGAUGCCAGAAUACGAACACAUAUUUACAGACUUCCUCUUAAGCCUUGUUCCUGCAAAGUACAAGAAAAAUCCAGGCUAGAAAGCACUAUGGAAGUGUUAGUGCCUCCAAGAGGAUGAGAACUUGUGUUGCAAACUUGGAACUGCACCUUGAUCCUGUGCACACCAGUUAGUCUAAUCUUAUGACUGAAACCUAGUGCAGCCACUGGGAAUAACAAUUAGUGCCGAUGCGUGACUCGUUGCAUCAGCAAGUAUUUACACCAGAUGGUCCUGUGUUUCUUUCUAAAUGUUCGUGACUAGGCCGUCACAAUGUGAAAUGUAAAGGGGCGGUACUUAUUGCACUGCGAUUCGAAGAAGGUGAUCGUGAUUGCCGCCGCAAAUGUUGAUAACAAGAUCGAUCUUUUUUCCUCUGGUGAAUAGAAAUAUGACUUUUUUCAGCCGUUUUUUAGGGGUCAUAAACGACCUUGAGUCUUUAACUAGAGACUAGGUAGGUGGAUUGCAAAUGUACUACUGACGGUUGUUAGCUGUAAAUAGCUGAAGGAGAGAGUUGCUUUGCAGAAUUUCAUUAACCAUUUGUCCA